CGACCCCUCGCUCUAUCUGAUUAAUGCCAAAGAAGAAUAACAACAACAACAUAAGUACAAAAAACAACAACCAUAACUGCUACCACUACUACCACUACCCUACCACCCUCACUACGCGGACUACCUUGGUAGAUUUUUAAUGAGUGGUAAUUUGGAUUUAUUCUAGGAUCUCUUUCUAAGAGUUUAAUCGGGCUGAGAUUCGAAGAUACGAAGAAAACGAGCAAAGACAAGGGGAUUUAUUUAGUGCUUCGAAUUUCGAACUUACUGCGUCGAUAUCAACAAUUUGAUCAUCUUUUCCCACUCGUUAAUUCGCACAAUCCACAGCCGGCCACCGCGCGCCUUAGCCCUGCGGGGCACAACAUCACGAAGUAGAGACACAACUUUGAAUCCUUGUCAACUUUGUUCUCUACCUGUCGAACAACCAAAAUACCUACCAUUUCUCCUAUUCUUUUCUGCCACUCGAAAAUUUGCCUCUAUCUGCAUCCGUAUCCGCAUCCACAUUAGCAGCCAUGUCGGUGCUUCCGGCAGAGACUCACGCAGAGCUGACGCAGCUCCUGCAAGCUUUACAAUCCCCAGAUAAUUCCAUACGAUCUCAGGCUGAAGGUCAUUUGCAAAAUAACUGGACUAAUACUCGGCCUGACGUCCUGUUGGUGGGCUUAGCUGAGCAGAUAGCUGCCCCGAACGAGACAUCGCUUCGUUCGUUCGCCGCAGUUAUAUUCCGUCGAAUAGCCUCCAAGUCACGCAAAACCGACAAGGGAGAUAGUAUAGAGAUAUUUGUGUCCUUGCCCCAUGCGCAGGCAUGCAUCAUCCGCCAAAAACUUCUCGAUACCCUAGCCAGCGAGAGAGAUCGCCUUGUCAGGAACAAAAUUAGCGAUGCUGUUGCCGACGUUGCAAGGCAAUAUUCAGAAACAAAUGAGCAAUGGCCCGAGAUCCUAGCCGUCCUAUUCAACCUUAGCGUAGCAGCAGACGCGGGCCAGCGCGAGACAGCCUAUCGUGUAUUUGCGACGACGCCCGGUAUUAUUGAAAAGCAGCAUGAAACUGCCGUUCUUGAGGCCUUCAACAGAGGCUUCAAGGAUGAUUCAGUGGCUGUUCGAUUAGCUGCUAUGGAAGCAUUCGCUUCCUUCUUCCGAAGUCUCCCUAAAAAAACGUUGCCCAAGUAUUUUUCACUGCUCCCUGACGUUCUUAAUAUUCUACCUCCUAUCAAGGAUUCGCAUGAUUCCGAAGAUCUCAGUAAGGCUCUCGUAGCGCUGAUAGAAUUAGCCGAGACGUCACCCAAGAUGUUUAGGCCUUUAUUCCACAAUCUGGUCAUGUUUAGCGUUGGCGUCAUACAGGACAAGGAGUUGAACGAUCUCUGUCGCCAGAAUGCGCUUGAGCUGAUGGCUACGUUCGCCGAUUACGCUCCGUCCAUGUGUCGCAAGGAUCCUUCGUACACAAACGAUAUGAUUACCCAGUGCCUUAGCCUGAUGACGGACCUAGGCGAAGACGACGAUGACGCCGCCGAAUGGUUAUCGUCUGACGACUUCGACCAGGAAGAAAGCGAUCUAAAUCACGUCGCCGGGGAACAAUGCAUGGACCGGUUGGCUAACAAACUUGGCGGUGAGACUAUUCUGGCUCCGACAUUUCACUGGCUUCCUAGGAUGAUGACUUCUAUGGCGUGGAAGGAUCGUCACGCAGCACUCAUGGCAAUUUCCGCCAUCUCCGAAGGCUGUCGUGAUCUCAUGGUCAAGGAGCUUAGCCAGGUUCUCGAGCUUGUUGUUCCUGCUUUGAAAGAUCCCCACCCUCGAGUUCGCUGGGCUGGAUGUCAGGCCCUCGGCCAGAUGAGCACGGAUUUUGCGCCUACGAUGCAGAAAGAGUACUAUGACACCAUUCUGAAGACCAUCAUCCCCGUUCUAGACUCGCCGGAGGGCCGUGUCAAGGCACACGCCGCCGCGGCACUGGUUAAUUUCUGUGAGGAGGCAGAGAAGAGCAUCCUGGAACCCUACCUCGACGACUUACUGUCUCACCUCUUCCAACUUCUCCAAAACGAGAAGCGUUACGUCCAGGAGCAAGCCCUGUCCACCAUCGCUACCAUCGCUGAUGCGGCCGAGGCUGCCUUUUCCAAAUAUUACGAUACUCUCAUGCCUUUACUUGUUAAUGUCCUGCAGCAAGAAACCGAAAAGGAGUACCGAUUACUGCGCGCGAAGGCUAUGGAAUGUGCUACUCUGAUAGCAUUAGCUGUUGGCAAGGACCGUCUCGGAAAUGAUGCGAUGACUCUGGUCGACCUUCUUGCUAACAUCCAAAAUAACAUUACUGACGCCGAUGACCCGCAGUCGCAGUAUCUCAUGCAUUGCUGGGGACGCAUGUGUAGAGUUAUGGGUUCCGAUUUCCUGCGUUUCCUACCGAACGUCAUGCCCCCGUUGGUGGAAUUGGCCAGUGCUAAGGCCGACAUACAACUGCUCGACACGGAUGACGAGAUUGAACAGUUCCAGCAAGAGGACGGUUGGGAGCUGGUGCCGCUAAAGGGAAAGAUGAUCGGAAUUAGAACUAGCACGAUGGACGACAAGCAUAUGGCGAUUGAGCUACUCGUUGUUUACGCGCAGACUUUGGAAGGCCAUUUCGCUCCGUAUGUUGCCGACACUAUGGAGAAGAUCGCUCUCCCAGGUCUAGCAUUCUUCUUCCAUGACCCAGUUAGAUUUAUAUCCGCGAAACUUGUCCCGCAGCUCCUUAGCUCGUUUAAGAAGGCUUACGGACCGGAGUCUAACGAGCUCCGAGGUCUAUGGGCUGGAACUGUGGAUAAACUACUGGAAGUUUUGACUGCCGAACCCGCCAUCGACGCCCUAGCCGAGAUGUAUCAAUGCUUCUAUGAAUCGGUCGAGGUGGUUGGUAAAAACUGCCUUACCCAACAACACAUGGGAAAGUUUAUUGAUGGGGUCUAUUCGGCUAUCGAAGACUACAAGGACCGCGUUGCGCGGCGUGAGGAGGAUAAAGAAGGAGCGGCUGCUGAAGACGCCGAAGAUGAAGCCGAAGAACUGCUAAUUGCGAUCGAGGACGACCAAACCCUCUUAUCCGAUAUGAACAAAGCCUUCCACUCCAUCUUUAAGAACCACGGUGAGGUUUUCCUCCAGCCGUGGGAGCGUCUUAUGGGAACAUACCAAAGUUUCCUUGCCUCGACAGAUCCGACCCAACGCCAGUGGGGAUUAUGCAUUAUGGAUGACGUCCUUGAAUAUUGUGGUCCACAGAGUGUUCGUUAUGCUCAGGCUAUAAGUACUGCUCUUUUAGAAGGCUGCAAGGAUCCCUCAGCUGCUAUUAGACAAGCUGCCGCGUACGGUAUUGGUGUUGCCGCUCAUCGUGGGGGAACCCCUUGGUCUCAAUUCCUAGCGACCUCGAUACCUUAUUUGUUCCAGGCAGCACAAAUACCCGACGCCCGGGGCGAGGAGGCUGUUUACGCUACCGAAAACGCUUGCGCAGCCAUCGCGAAGAUCCUUCAUUUUAACAAGCAAAGCCUGCAAGAUCCGCAAGCUAUCGCAACCCAAUGGAUCAACACCCUACCAGUGACCAAUGAUGAAGAGGCAGCACCAUACGCCUAUGGAUAUCUCGUGGAAUUAAUCGAACAACAAAAUCCCGCAGUAACUAGUCAGGUAGAUAAGGUGUUCGUGUAUAUCGGACAAGCUCUCGAGACUGAAAUGCUCCACGGCCAACUUGGCGCACGUGUCGCUCGAGCGAUUCAGAUUCUGCUCCAGUCCGCGAAUGUUGACCCAACGCCGCUGUUGCAGCAGCACUUUUCACAGGAAGGACAGGCAAUCAUCAGACGUCAUUUUUCUUAGGCGGCCGAAGCGUGAUGUUCGCGUUGCGAACCUGUCCGCUCCGAGACGAAAGGGGCAUUCGAUCUGUGGAGAACUUCCCGCAGGAUGAGCUGCGGGGGAAAAAGGCGUCUGAAAGAAUGAGAGAAUGGUUAACAUCAUCAUGAUACCACCUUUAAUGCCAAAUUCAGAUCGCGGCUGAAACAAUGUUCGGCUAUUUCGAUCUCCGUCGUGGCGGAUGACUAGGAGAAGAGGGGCGAAUGAUUGUAUGGUUUAGUCACAUAGCAGCAAACCAUCUCGGCAUUGCUACCUACCUAUCCGGAUCGAGUUUGAUUCUUACGUGGGAUAUGGCGCAACUGGGCCAAAAACAACUUGUAUCUCGACUUGAUACUUAGCAAUAUAGACACGGCUAAGAAGCACUGGUGGGAAGAAUAUUAUUGCUAGUGAAC